AUGAACCCGUUCGAUGCCUGGAACUCCAUACUCGACAUGAUCCUUGCCCUCGGCAAGGCCUACGUGGACCGCAUCACGUGCGAGAAGUUUGUCGAGACGAUCCGCGCGUGCAAGGAACCGGGAACGAAGGCCGUGCUCAAACAGCUGUGCCGGCUGUGGGCGCUGUCAGCCAUAGAGAAGAACAUGGGCUGGUAUGUGGCCAACAGCUAUUUUGCGCCGAUCAAGGCCAGGGCCAUGCAGGCCGAGAUCAACAAGCUCUGCAGCGAGCUGCGUCCGCAUGCGCUCGCGCUGGUGGAGAGCUUCGCGCUGCCGGAUCACGUGGUGUGCGCGCCCAUCGCCUUUGACUGGGUGGAGAAGGGCAGCCAAGGCUACGAAAACGAGAAGGAGGAGCGCGAGCGACUUCUCUCCUCGCUCUCGUCCCAGGUUUUGGGCGACCUGGCCCACGGCGAGGGCAAAGACGAAGGCGAAGAGUACGACGUCGUGUACUAUGAAGACGUCGACGUUGAUGACGUGGAGGAUGAUCCUGAGGAGGAGGACAAGCGCGCCAAGCAGUUCGCCAAGGAAGACCCCCUCCACGACUACUGA